AUGUCCGACCCUUCCCUCGCCGACAAACCGCUCUCAGAACUCAACGACCACGAUAUUGCCUCUCUCACCGCCGCUCUAAAAGACCAAGAGGCAGCGCAGCGUCCGCUGGUCGGCCAGCUUGAACCUCUGGAUCAUCUGCGAGACGAGUACGCACGAGGGUCGGGCGUGUUUGUUGCCAAGAUUGAUCGGUUGAAGCAGGAUGGAUGGACUGGGUUGAGACGGGCGAGGGGAGACGGGGAUUGCUUCUACCGCAGCUUCAUCUUCUCCCUCCUCGAGACCUACCUCCCCCUCCACGCUUCGCACUCGCUCUACCUCCUCAGCAAGUUCUCAAACCUCCUACCCCUUCUCACGGCAUGCGGAUUCGAGCAGAUGGUCUGGGAGGACUUCUGGGAGCCGCUGCGGGACUUGCUGUACCAGAUGGGUCCGGAAGAGAAGGACGGUGGGAAGAGGAAAGACGGGAUGGAGCGAUUGACGCGUGAUGGAUUGAUGAAAGCGUUCAAUGAUGCGGAGACCAACAGCUGCAUCAUCGUCAUUCUCCGCCUCAUCACGUCCGCCUACCUUCGCACCCACUCCGACGAAUUCUCGCCAUUUCUCUUCGCCCUCGAAAACGACCCUCGCUUCGCGGCAGAUGGCGGCAUCACGAUGAAGGAUUUCUGCGAACGGGAGGUCGAGGCCGUCUCGCGCGAAGCCGACCACCUCGCCAUCACCGCCCUCACGCGCGCCCUGCACGUCCCGCUCCGCAUCGCCUACCUCGACCAGUCUUUGAUGCCGUACGGCUGUGGCGGGGAACAGGAGACGGGCGAAGUCAACUUUGUCGAAUUCGAGGAGGAGGCGAUGAAGGAGGGUGAGAGGGGUGUGGAGGGGGCGCUGCUGUACCGACCAGGGCACUACGACAUGCUCUACCGGUGA